AUGCCGGUAUACAUAAUCUCGGGCCGAUGCAACUGUCCGAAGCUCGCUCACUGCGAGCUGGUGGCAAGUCGACUUUGCCUCCACUACCCGAACAUUUUUGUUCAAUUUGAUGUUCGGGGUCCGGAAGAGUGCAAGAAUCACUUUCAAAGAAUUAAAUCAGCUUUCGGAUUCACGGAGUGGGAUGGCGACGACGCAUCUCCCGUGAUUUUCACCCCCGAGGGACAGUUUAUCGGAACGCACGUGGAUUUCCUUUCUCUUGUGCAAACAAAAUACAAGAUGAAGGAUCCAUCGACAUGUGAAAUCGGCGAUAUCUCUGGAGGAAACGGGAGCGACUUCACCUCACUCCUCGCACAACUUGCGCAGCUGAAUGAGAGGCAGUUCAGCAGAGAGCGGGAACUCCAAACGCACGGCCCUGGAAUUUUAGCCGAGAUCGAAAGUCGCCUCACCGAGUUGGAGCGUCACCAGUCCUCGGCACAUCUGUCCGACGCCGCAUGCGCCGGUGAACUUCCUCGCGACUCAGACUCGCACGAAGGUGACCAGCUUCGAAUGGAAAGCCAGCCCCGCGAGUCCCCCAGAACGCAAGCGCAGAGGAGAGCACAAAACUCAGGGGUUCCUGCAUGCUCGUCGUACUCUUUCCUGCCAGAAAGAAGGUUCCGCCGCAUGUACCCCGACACCACAGUCACCAGCGCUAUUCAGCGCGGCGUCCAGUGUGUGGUCUGGCGUUCGGCUUAUCUUCGGAGAAGAAACGCAGUCAACAUGUUCCUGAGGAGCCCGUUCCAGUUCAUCUCUGAAGCGAGUCUGCUAGAGAAAAUGCUUCCGAGACGGGGACUCGAGAAGCGAUGGACUCAUCACGUCCUCCUGGCUGAGACGCCGAUCGUGCGCACACACUUCGUUGUCAUUCCGAAGAAGUACAUCGUGCCCGUCACCGACUCCAAGGCAGCCGAGUGCCUCAGAAUGGAAAGAUGCAUGAUUGUCUUAUACGAUGAUGCUCAGAGGGCUGCGCUCGCGCCGCUCGUUGAGAAGCUUGCAGAAGAUCUGGGAAUGGCAGUGAUCACUCAGCGUCCGCAGGCUUUCCGCGCCUCCAACAACGCGGUGGCCGUCGUGGAGGCAAAACCCGCCGACCUCGAAAGCGGAGACCGUCUGAAGCAUAUUCUUGCGCAGGUGGCCGCUUCGGGGUGCAUAUUCGAUAAUAUUCCAUCCUCAGUGAAACACUGCCGCUCGCUGCUGGAGGUGGUUCGCGAGCCCCAGGCCUGUCUGACGCUGCGAAGGGACGCCGCAGAGGCUGCCGCCACCGCUCGAUUCUCCUUUUUUUUCAGCUGUCCAACGCGCGUGUUCAAUGUCGAUGAAGACGAUCCUGCGCAGGCUCUGUCCAGCGCCUCGUUGUUCGCGAGAGAUGCUUUCAGAGCAGGAAAGGGGGGAAAGUCGGCGAGCGUCGACCCGCCGCAGAUGCCAUUUCGGUUGUACAGACGCGUCGUCCGGGAUGCGGCGCGAGGCCUCACACGAGAGGACUGGCAUGUAUUGAAAAAUAUUCUCCAGCGGCACGACUGCGCAGGCACGUUCCAGUUCCUUCCUGAACGUUGGGCAGAUCAUCGCCGGCCGAUCGAGACUCACAUUCAGAUGCUCCCCCUGCCUCUCUCGAGAGAAACUGCGCAAGUAGGAAACUCGAAGCUCCGCUUUCCGCUCGAGAGACAGAUCGACGUUACUCUUGCGAAAAAGGAAUCAUUGAUUCCAGAUCUUGAUUGCUUACAUGCACUCAUUCCCGUGAAACUCGAAUCAGAAGACGCAGGGUUGUCGGUGGGCGAGGGUGCGAGAUGUGCAAACGAAUUUGAAAUGGCUUUCGUGGAGGCACAGCAAGUCGUCCAAUCUCGCUCUUCUCCGCGUCUCCAACUUAGUUUGACAGGGUUUUCACUCAUUUUUACUCGCACUUUCCUUCUUUUGAUUCCGCACAACACGCCACAGGUCGACGAACCGGCGAGGUGUGACCCACUGACUCACGGCAUCUGGGCGAAGUGGCCCGUGCCCCACCCGAUUGGGUUCUUGGGCGGGCCCAUCAUUUGCCCCAAAUUUACCCACCAGUGGUCGGAGCACAACGACCGCCCCGCCGGGGAGCGCCCCAUUGCCUACGCAGCUUCUGUAGACGUGGACCCCGAUAAGCUAGAGUUUGCGGUCGCGCUGCAGAGCGAGACCGCAGAUAACGCCAGACAGGAAAGCACACUGAGACCUCUGCAAGAGAUCUGCAUUCACGAGGAAGCGUACGCACGUCCCCUCGACAUCUUGAAACUCUUCUGCCUCCGUCUGGGGUGA